AUGCCUCGUGCUACCGCUGGCACCCUGGUCCAAUGCGACCCCUCUAUCAAAGCCAUCAUCAGCAAAAUCAACGAAGAAAAUGGCGGCCUCUACAUCUCUGAAGAUAUCGAUGACGAAACUUGCUUGAUCAACACCAAGAAGCUUGAUGAGCUCAAGCAAAAACUAAAAGACGUAAAUACUCCCAUCCUAUCACAUCGUAGAACACUCACUGACAGCGCAAAAGNNGCUCUGAAAGACACUGUCCGAGAGGCCGAGGACUCUGGAUCCGAGUAG